AUGGGGGUUAAAUCGCUGCUCCAGUUACUUGUAUCGGUUGAGCAAACGAAGCAAGCCCAUGCUCACAUGAUCGUCUCCGGCCUGACCGCCAACACCCAACUCAUGGCUCAUCUCCUCUGCUCCCUCUCUCUUUCCUCCUCACCCCCAUUCCCCUACUCUCUCUCUCUUUACCACUCCAUCCCCUCCCCCACUGUUUUCGCCUCCAACAACAUGAUCCGCUGCUUCUCCCACUCCCCCUCACCUCCCCACUCCCUCCUUCUCUACUCCUCCAUGCUUCUCCGCCACGCCAAACCCAACAACUACACUUUCACUUUCCUCCUCCAGGCCUGCAGCGUCGCCUCUGCUCUCCCCGAAGGAGCCCAGGUCCAUGCUCAUGCCAUCACGCUUGGUUUCGCCGACUUCGUCUUUGUCAGAAACGCCUUGAUUCACUUGUAUUCUUCUUGUUCUAGUCUCGAAUGCUCCGCAAGGGUGUUUGAGGACAAUGUCGGCUCCCGAGAUAUCGUUACUUGGAACUCGAUGCUGUCUGCUUUUGUUAGACAUGGGCAGAUUGAUAAUGCGCGGAAAGUUUUCGAUAAAAUGCCCAAGAGAGAUGUCGUCUCCUGGAGUAGCGUCAUCUCCGGGUACGUGCAAAACGGGAUGUUAGAGCAAGGGUUGGAGUGCUUUAAAGAGAUGAGAGACAAGGGGGUGAGGUUGAAUGAGGCCACGUUGGUCUCGGUGCUUUCGGCGUCUGCCCAGAUGGGUUUGCUAGAACACGGCAGGCUAGUGCACUCGCUUGCAGAGUCCUUCAAGUUCCCCUUGACUGUUUCGCUUGGCACCGCAUUGAUCGACAUGUAUGCCAAAUGUGGAUGCAUUGAACAGUCUAGACACUUGUUUAGCACGAUGCCGGCCAGAGAUAUAUGGACAUGGAAUGUUAUGAUCUGUGGAUUGGCCUCUCACGGCCUUGCGAAAGAGGCACUCCAACACUUCGAGAGGUUAACUAAUGAAGAAGGGCUCCGUCCCGCCAAUGUCACCUUCAUUGGUGUCUUGGGUGCCUGCAGUAGAGCAGGUCUGGUUAGUGAGGGCAGACAUUAUUUUAAAAUAAUGACUCACAAGUACGGCAUUCAGCCAGUGAUGGAGCAUUAUGGGUGCAUGGUUGAUCUCUUAGGCCGUGCAGGGUUCGUAGAUGAAGCUGCUGAGAUGAUUGACAAGAUGACGCUUCCACCCGAUCCUGUGUUAUGGGCAACGCUACUUUGUGCUUGCAGGAUGCAUGGCUCAAUAGAAUUGGGAGAAAAGAUUGGGAAUAAGUUGAUUCAAUUGGAUCCGACCCAUGAUGGGCAUUAUGUACAACUAGCCGGUAUAUAUGCGAAAGCAAAGAAAUGGGAAGAUGUUGUUAGAGUUAGGAGGUUGAUGACUGCGAAACACACCAAUAAAGCAGCAGGUUGGAGUUUGAUUGAAGCACAAGGUAAAGUUCAUAAAUUUGUUGCAGGGGAUAGAGAGCAUGAACGUUCCCAAGAGAUUUAUAAAAUGCUAGAGACAAUUGUAACUCGAAUAGCGGAAGCUGGCUACUCGCCAAAUGUUUCAUCGGUGUUGCAUGAUAUAGGGGAGGAAGAAAAGGAGAAUGCAAUAAAGGAGCAUAGUGAGCGGCUUGCAAUGGCAUUUGGCAUGUUGGUAACAGGGAAUGGGGAUUGCAUUCGGAUUGUGAAGAAUUUGAGAGUUUGUGAGGACUGCCAUGAGGUAAGCAAGAUAAUAUCAGAGGUGUUUGGGAGAGAGAUUAUAGUGAGGGAUGGAAGCAGAUUUCAUCAUUUCAAGGAGGGCAAGUGUUCUUGCCUUGAUUAUUGGUAG